AUGCCCAGGAAUGCAGCUUCGGCUGAUCGCCGCCAGGACAAGGCAGGCCCAUCUGCAGACACAGCCUCGACAGCGCCGACGAAAUCGCCCCGGGGCCCUCCCAAGGCGUCCCGGAAGCGGGCGAGAGUGGAGGAUGCUGACGAGGCAGACGCCGCCGAGGCCGGUGAGCAGUCUCCUGACCCAGCCAGAGAUGCUGAGCCAUCGGGCCAGAUAAAGAAGACCCGUGGCCGGCCCCGUAAACGGCGACGCCAGCAAAUCCGCGAGGCACAGCGUGCCUACCGCGCGCGCAAGGACUCGGCGAUCACGGACUUGGAGGAUAAGCUCCUCAAGGCCCACGAGAAGAUGAACAACAUGGCCAAAGAGUUCUCGAAGUUCAUCGAUUUCGCAAACACCAAGGGCGCGUUGGCCAGCAACAACGUCGAGGUCUCGCGGCGCUUGCAGGAUAUCAGCAGCAAAUUCCAAACAAUAGCCUCCGAGAGCGCCAGCGCAGGCGCCGGCGCCGGCCACCCGCAAGCUGCAGAUCCGUCCGGUUCAAGUGUAGUGAGCAAUGGCACCGACGGUCAUCGACGCAUUCUGCCCCUGCUCAGGCCAAGUGACUCGGCCCAUAGCUCGUCUCCCAGCUUCGUCGAGGUGACCCAAGCUCUGCAGGUCGACUCCUCCUAUGAGAUUGUUGCUCAUCCCACGCUUAGCAAUGCCAGCUUCCCCGACUACGACCCCAGCGCGCUGACGCCCGAGGAUCUUGACCUCGAUGAAGAAGUCCCAGUUGCAACCGCUUCAUGUUACGCAGAAGCAAUAGGCCCAGGUCUGCAGGCUCCAGUCUCGUAUGCCCACCAGGAGCUAACUUUCGGUCGCCGUCUGCAGCGCAACAUCCUCGAACGUGGUUUGAGACUUGUAUCAAUGGAGUCUCCACCUCCGGCUAGGUAUUCCGCGGUGUUUGGAUUCUGUCUUCUCUUUGAAUCUCGCGAAUCGAUUACCUGCCGUCUAGCGGACAGGCUCAUGGCUGCCCGGGGUGAAUCUCUCAACUACUGGAGGGCCCCUUUCACAAACUUGGGCGGCGCGGGAUGGCACUACCCCAAUGCAACCAGCCAUUCCGAUUCCUCGAGUAGCUCGUCAUUCGAGGCUCCCUAUGGCAACCAGGGCACCUAUGAAGCCCACCGGCCUCAAUUUGACACAGGGUACUCGAUGAGACCUUGGGACUCAACAAUAGAGACAGCCAACUGUCGCAUCGGCAAGAAGAUGCAACUUAUAUUUCCCGGCUUCACAGGUGAAUUUUUAGACACAGGUGAGAUUGAGAUUUACAUGCGUGAACGAGGCAUCUACAUCCCCGGCAACGCAGAUUAUGUGAAGGCCCAGGUCGACCUGGAUGACUUCAACGGCGCAGUCGAUAUCUUUGCUCACAACAAGCCCCGUGACACCGGCCCCAGGUUGAUCAGCCGUCCCAACACGGGCCCGCCAUUAUUCAGAGACGGUUCAGCACCAGGAGCCCCGGACACCAACAGCAUCUUUCCGUACAUAUGCCCAGCCAUCCCAACGCAACGGCCUACGCCACCGCCGCCGCCACCGCCCUCCCGCAAGAUGACCGUAGAUAUAGACGUCACCGUCUUGGCAGAAGAAAUUUGUGGCCACGCCGUAUGCCUAGGCCGAACGCCGGCGAUACGGCCGGAAGACCUCGACAAAGCUCUCGACAAGGCAAUGUUCAACCGGAUACCAACCUAUAAUCCAUUCAUGCCUUUUCCUCAAAUGCGAUAA